AUGGUCUUAGCGUUGGCAGAAGAGUGCUGUAUCUGCUACGAGGGCGGGCCACAAGUGCGGGUUCUGAGCUGCAAGCACUCGAUUUGCACAGACUGUUGCCGCAAGAUCCGCUCGACCUGUUGCCCUAUGUGUCGGAAAGAUAUCGAAGAUGCCCUGCUGCUGGAACUCCGCAUUGUUCGAAUCCGCCGCCUGGGUGCUUACAGCUUUUACAUGGCCCUUCCGCUUAUGGCCGGGGAUGAUGGCGCGGACUUCUUCUCCACGGAGCACUACCCCGUGGGAUUUAGCCAGGACUUUGAAUUGUGCGUGCCUCCGUCAGUCCUGCGCUUGGCCAUCGAGCGCGUCAACCUGCAAAUCGCUUCAGUCGACCUCUCGCUCCAAACUGCGCAGUGCUGCGGCUGGAGCGCCUCGAUGCUGGCUCGACACAGGGUCACCCGGGCAGUGAAUGAGCUGAACGAGGAGUGGCGUUUUGCCAACAUCCCAUGCUAUUUGUCCCUGUCUCCAGGAUGGGCUUUAACACAAAGCACCCUGUAUGUUCAGUGGGACCCGGACCGUGAUGUCAUUUAG